CAAAAGGAGAGGGAGCAGCGAGAGACGAGUUGUGGGAGGAGGGCGACGUGACGGGAGGACCCAAAACAGAAGCUCUCAGGACUACGACACACACAGAGAGAAGGGAAACUAAAAAAAAUAAAAUAAAAAAAAGACAAAAAAACAAAACAGCAACAUAUCUGCUGCUCAUUUGGAGAUUGGAGCAGCCGGAUACGUGGUGCGGACUGUUACGCACGACAGCUUUUCCCUGCGGUAAAUUCAGCCGGAGUUUUUUCUUUUUUUUUUUGGUCAGGAGGCGCACGGCUCGCCUGCUCUUCCUCGUCAGAGAAGAGGGUUUUUUUUCUUUUUCUAGCGGGAGGUUUCCAACGUAGCAGCGGACUGAAGGCACGGCGGAGGAGUUGGGAUGUCCUGAAUCAGUUCUUCGGUCCCUGAGAGCAGUUUGCUGAUGGGACCUGCUGCGCCGCCAUGAGCUUGCAAGAUGGCGGCUGCAGCUACGCCAGCAGCGCCAACAUGGCCACCAUUAGUGGCAGCAUGCGGCGGCGCCUGGAGGACCAGGAGUUCACCCUGCGCGUCUAUCCAGGCUCCCUGGCUGAGGGCACCAUCUACUGCCCCGUCAGCGCCCGCAAGAACACCACCGCUGCUGAAGCCAUCGAGUGCCUCAUUGAAAGGUUGCGCCUGGAGCGUACCAAAUGCUACGUGUUAGCCGAAGUGAAGGAGUUUGGUGGGGAGGAAUGGAUCCUCAACCCCGGUGAUUGCCCUGUUCAGCGCAUGAUGCUGUGGCCAAGAAGCGCCCUGGAGAACCGCAGUGGCCUGGGCAGUGGUGAUGACUACCGCUUCCUCCUGCGGGAGAAGAACCUGGAUGGAUCUAUUCAUUAUGGCGGCAGCCUGCAAAUGUGGCUGCGGGUCACUGAGGAACGGCGACGCUUGGUGGAACGGGGUUUCCUCCCGCAGCCAGCAGGAAGUGACCCUCCAUCUGACCUGUGUGCUCUUCCGGAGUUAACAGAGCGCGCUCUUUUGGAAAGCCUCCGAGCACGCUUCCGCCAAGAAAAGAUCUACACUUACAUCGGGAGUAUUCUUAUUGUGAUUAACCCCUUCCAGUUUCUGCCAAUCUACAAUCCUAAAUAUGUCAAAUUGUAUGACAACCACACACUGGGGAAGCUGGAGCCGCACAUUUAUGCUGUGGCAGAUGUGGCGUACCACGCCAUGUUGCAGCGACGGAAGAACCAGUGCAUAGUAAUUUCUGGUGAGAGUGGAUCUGGGAAGACUCAGAGCACCAACUUCCUCAUUCAUCACCUGACUGCUCUCAGCCAGAAGGGGUUCGCCAGCGGGGUGGAGCAGAUCAUCCUGGGAGCAGGACCUGUGUUAGAGGCCUUUGGGAACGCGAAGACCGCCCACAACAACAACUCCAGCCGCUUCGGCAAGUUCAUCCAGGUCAACUAUCAGGAGAGCGGCACUGUCAGGGGAGCAUAUGUAGAGAAGUACCUGCUGGAGAAGUCACGUCUGGUGUACCAGGAACACAAUGAGAGGAACUACCAUGUGUUUUACUACCUGUUGGCUGGAGCCAGUGAAGAGGAGAGGAAGGCCUUCCACCUGCUCCAACCUGAGGAAUACCACUACCUCAACCAGCAGGACUGCUUCACAGUAGAAGGAGAAGACCUGAAACAUGACUUUGAGCGGCUGCAGCUGGCUAUGGAGAUGGUUGGCUUCCUACCCACGACACGCAAACAGAUUUUCUCCCUGCUGUCAGCAAUCCUCCACCUGGGAAACAUCCGUUACAAGAAGAAGACCUACAGAGAUGAUUCCAUUGACAUCUGUAACCCAGAGGUCCUGCCCAUCGUCUCAGAGCUGCUCGAGGUGAAAGAGGAGAUGCUGCUUGAAGCACUGACAACCAGGAAGACAGUGACCGUUGGAGAGAGGCUCAUUGUGCCCUACAAGCUAGCCGAGGCCGGCACAGUGAGGGACUCCAUGGCCAAGUCACUGUACAGCGCACUGUUUGACUGGAUCGUCUUCAGGACCAACCAUGCCCUGCUAAACAACAAGGACCUGGAGGACAAUUCAAAAAUCCUGUCAAUAGGAGUCCUGGACAUCUUUGGCUUUGAGGAUUAUGAGAACAACAGCUUUGAACAGUUCUGCAUCAACUUUGCCAACGAACGACUCCAGCACUACUUCAACCAACACAUCUUCAAAUUGGAACAGGAGGAGUACAGGGCAGAGGGCAUCACCUGGCACAACAUCGACUACAUCGACAACAGCGGCUGCCUCAACCUCAUCAGCAAGAAACCCACAGCUCUGUUCCACCUGCUGGACGAGGAGUGCAAUUUUCCCCAGGCUUCCAAUCAGACCUUGCUGGACAAGUUCAAGCGUCAGCAUGAAGGAAACAGCUACAUCGAGUUCCCUGCUGUCAUGGAGCCUGCCUUCAUUAUCAGACACUAUGCUGGGAAAGUCAAGUACGGAGUCAAGGACUUUAGAGAGAAGAACACUGACCACAUGCGUCCCGACAUUGUGGCCUUGUUGAAGAGCAGCAAGAACGCCUUCAUCUGUGGCCUGAUGGGAAUCGACCCCGUGGCGACCUUCCGCUGGGCGGUGCUGCGUGCUUACUUCAGAGCCCAUGUGGCUUUUAGGGAGGCCGGCCGCAGGCACACCCACAAAAAAACUGGGAACGAUGCAGCAGUUUCCUGUGCGGUGGUUAAAACUGUUGACAACUUCAGUUUCCUUCACCACCCGGUUCACCAGAGGAGCCUCGAGAUCCUUCAACGAUGCAAAGAUGAGAAAUACAGUAUUACUAGGAAGAAUCCCCGCACACCUUUGUCAGAUCUUCAAGGCACCAAUGCUUUGAAUGAGAGGGCCAGCUGGGAUGGCUACGGGGUUGGAUGUAAUGGUCGCAGCUCCAGGUCAGGUCGACUCUCCUCAUCGGGAAGCCCGGCCCUGGAAGAAGACGGGAUCUUCCUCAACACGACCAACAGCAAGCUUCUGGAGAGAGCUCAGGGUAUCCUACUGAGAAACAAAAACUGCAAAAGUAAACUAUCCCUUCCCAAGCACUUACUGGAUGUUAAGUCUCUCCGCUACUUGAGCGGUGUGACGCUCCAUGAUCGCAUCACCAAGUCUCUACUACACCUGCACAAGAAGAAGAAACCACCCAGCAUCAGCGCUCAGUUCCAGGCAUCACUGAAUAAGCUGAUGGAGACUCUUGACCAGUCAGAGCCGUACUUUGUCAAGUGUAUUCGCUCCAAUGCUGAGAAGUUGCCGCUGCGUUUCAAUGACAGUCUGGUGCUCAGACAGCUGAGGUACACAGGCAUGCUGGAAACUGUCCGGAUAAGACAAUCAGGUUACAGCAUCAAGUACACCUUCCAGGACUUUGUUCGUCAUUUUCACGUGCUGCUGCCUCGGGGAACGAGCCCAACAAAGUCAGGUAUCAGGGAGUUUUUCAGGCGGAUCCACCUACUCCCUGCUGGGUAUCAAGUGGGCAACACAAUGGUGUUUCUACGGGAGGCAGAGCGUCAGCGUCUUCAGACCCUCCUCCACCAAGAAGUCCUGCGGCGAAUCGUCACACUGCAGCGCCGCUUCAGGGCCGUUCUGGAGAGAAAGCACUUUGUCGACAUGAGACGAGCUGCCUGUGCUAUCCAGCGCUGGUGGAGAUUCUGCCUCGUCAAGCAGUCUGCUAUUGACUAUAGUGUUGAGGAGGAGGCGGCGGUGUGUCUGCAGGCAGCUUGGAGGAGCUACAGGGAGCGCAGGAAGUUCCAGCACUGGCGCGAUUCUGCUAUCAUCAUACAGAGAAGCUGGAGAAACUGCCGCCAUCAUAGGUUUCUGGCAGCUUCAACGAUUCAGACAGCCUGGAGAGGAUUCAAGGAGAGGAGCCGCUACUGUAGAACAUACAGGACUGUGACGCAGUUACAGGCGAUGGGCAGAGGAUACCUGACUCGGCUCAGGUUCAAGGACCUAAAAGAGCAGCAAGAGGAAAUCAGUAGACAACCAAGUCCACCAGUGGAGAUGGAUGCAAGCAAUGUGGAGGACCUCACCUCAUUGGGAGAUCAAAGUUAUGUCCAGGAUUUCCCUGAAGAACUUUCCAAAGACUGUAAACAGGCUUCAUUUGAUGUGGCAGAGACAGAAAAAGAGGACGACUCAGAGCGAAGCAGGAGCACCGAUGAUACUAGCCACAAGAACAGAUCAAAACGAGAGAGCAGGCGAAUGAGAGAGCUGGAGCAGGCACAGUUUAGCUUGGAGCUCCUCAAAGUUCGAACCAUCACUGUUGGGGGUUCACUACCAGAAGACCUGGUCCCAAACACCAGCGCCUGUCAGCUGGAAGAACAUCACGGACAUUCCCCGGCUAGUCAUGGAAGUUUUGAACUGCUUAAUGUGGAAGACAUGGAGACUGAAGGUUCCCAGUUGAUUGUGCCUCAAGAGCAACCUCAAACCAUAGACGGGCAAAUUCACGAGACGUUGAGAGAUUCAAACCAUAAUGAAAAGCCUGUGAUUGAGUCGCCAACCAAGAUGGAGGGGCCGAGGGCGACAUUUUAUAUUGCUUCUGACCAAAGUCCCAUUCAUGAACCAAAAUUUGAAAGCCCGAGCAAAUCACACAAAGAGAGAAGAGAGUCCACCUCUCGAAGGCCUGUUGUAGUGUUGAUCAGUAUGCAGAAAGAGAGUCCUGUGGAUGAGGGAAAGCUGCUGGCAGCCCAAACCCUAGACAGAGCUCCUGAAACAGUAGUAGUCAGUUCCCAAAUGACCCCAAUUGCAGGCUUGGAGCUAGGAUCAGACAGGGAACAGCCUCAUGGGAUUUCUACCCAGGCCAAGAGAGAUGUAUUUGGGGUGGACAAGUCUUUAAAGUUCCCCUCUUCAACCACUCCUGAAGAGAGUCCAGAUGCAUCAGGGCUUUGUUCCUCAGAGGUUGACAUCCAGAUUGUCCUUGAGCCGAAGUCCGGUGUUCCCGCUGUUCUCCCUAGCCAACAGGAGAGGAAGACGAUCCGGCCUGCGCAGGAGGCUCCAAGCCCAGUCCUGGACACUAAACCACCAAAAGCCCAGAAAAAGAGCUCUGCCCAGACUGUGAUUGUGAACAUGGUGGAGAAACCCUCCAACACUGUGUUCUCCCCACCCAGACGCAAGCUGCCAUUCUCCAAGUCAGAUAAGGACUUGGUGAACCAGGAAAGAUCUCUUGCCAUGUUCAGAGAUGACUCCAAAACUGCUGGAUCCAGAAACAGAGAGCAGGUGGGCCGCCCCGGCCCCAAAAAGAAAGCUCGAAUGUCCCGGACCCGCUCCGACUUCCUCACCCGCUGUAACUCUGAAGGGGCGACUCAGUCUGAUGACGAUGAUGAAUACUACAUCCCUGCCCACUCCCGCACGCUGCCCCCCUCCCUGUCUCCCCCACGUGCCCACCCUGAGGCUGACUGUCACAGUGACUCCGAGAUGUCAUCUCACAAAGACCAAAAGAAGAUCCAUAAGACCAUGUCGUCAGGAGACCUGGGAAAGGUUGAGGUCCUGAGGAAAACCUCCAGUCAAGAUGGAAGCAGGAUGAGAGGGAAGAUGCGAUUCUGGAGUAAGACAAAACACAGUGAUAAAAAACUGUCGAGAGAGAAGCAGGCCAGCAGAAGUGACACUGGAGAGACUCAUGAAGGUCUGUCUCCUCCACACAGUCCAGACUUGGAGGCAGCUCCAUCUCGGGGGGUCAGGGACAGUAAGGAGAACAAGCAGCCGUCUCCUAAAAUGAUUAGGCGCCGCAGUGUGAAGAUCAGCAGCAUCGCUCUGGAACCUGCCCAGUGGCAGAACGACGCCCUGCACAUCCUCACUUCAGCCCACGACUAUCGCAGCAUGAACGACUUCCUCAUGAAGAAGAUUGCCGACUUGGAUUCUGAAGAUAGUAAAAAAGACACCAUGGUAGAUGUUGUCUUUAAGAAGGCACUGAAGGAGUUCAGGAUCAACAUCUUCAACUCGUACUCUACCGCCCUGGCAAUGGAUGAUGGGAAGAGUAUUCGUUACAAGGAUCUCUACGCAUUGUUCGAGCACAUCCUGGAGAAGACCAUGCGUCUGGAGCAGAGAGACUGGAGUGAGUCGCCAGUGAAGGUGUGGGUCAACACCUUCAAGGUCUUCCUGGAUGAAUUCAUGACGGAAUAUAAACCCAUGGAGGGAACCAUCGGCAGGGCUCCUAAACGGGAGCGCAAGAAGUCGAGAAAGAAGGAAACUGACAUUGUGGAGGAACACAAUGGCCACAUCUUCAAGUCCACCCAGUACAGCAUCCCCACCUACUGCGAGUACUGCUCCUCCCUCAUCUGGAUGAUGGACCGAGCCUGCGUCUGCAAAUUGUGUCGCUACGCCUGCCACAGGAAGUGCUGCUCCAAGAUGACCACCAAGUGCAGUAAAAAGUAUGACCCGGAGCUGUCGUCACGGCAGUUUGGCGUGGAGUUGUCCCGUCUGACCAGUGAGGAACGCACAGUGCCCCAGCUUGUGGAGAAACUUAUCAACUACAUUGAGAUGCACGGUCUCUAUACAGAGGGGAUUUACAGGAAAUCAGGCUCUACCAAUAAGAUCAAAGAGCUCCGACAGGGGCUGGACACAGAUGUAAACAGUGUGAACCUGGAUGACUACAACAUCCAUGUCAUUGCCAGCGUGCUCAAACAGUGGCUCCGUGACCUGCCCAGCCCUCUCAUGACCUUUGAGCUGUAUGAGGAGUUCCUCAGAGCCAUGGGCCAGCCAGACAAGCGGGAGGUGAUCCGAGGAGUGUAUUCGGUGAUCGACCAGCUCAGCAGGACACACCUCAGCACGCUGGAGCGCCUCAUCUUCCAUCUGGUCAGGAUCGCCCUGCAGGAGGAGACAAACAGGAUGUCGGCCAACGCCCUCGCCAUCGUUUUCGCUCCUUGCAUCCUUCGCUGCCCCGACACCAUCGACCCACUGCAGAGUGUCCAAGACAUCAGCAAAACCACUGCGUGUGUGGAGCUGAUCAUCAACGAGCAGAUGAGCAAGUACAAAGCUCGUCUGAAGGACAUCAGCAGUCUGGAGUUUGCAGAGAGCAAAGCCAAGAACCGACUGACCCACAUCAGGAAGUCCAUGGGCAAAAGUCGUGUCCGGCAAAGCAGCAGCCACACGCCCUCACCUCCUCUCAGCCCCCGAGCUCCCUCUGUGAUGGACGGAGAUGCUGCAGGAGGUGGUGGAGGAGGAGGCGGAGGAGGAGGAGGAGGAGGAGGAGGAGGAGGAGAGGAUGCAGCAGAAGCCAGGCUCAACGAACAGCAGCAGCUGGCAAUGCAGCAGGAGGAGCGAAUCCUCACAGAGCAGAUUGAGAGUCUGCAGAAAGAAAAAGAGGAGCUGACGUAUGAAAUGUUGAUCCUGGAACCACGGGCGUCUGAUGACGAGACUCCUGAGUCUGAAGCCUCCAUCGGCACAGCAGACAGCUCUGAGAACAUCACCAUGGAGAUGGAGGGAGCCACCUCAGACCCCUCUGAGCGCGGCACAUACCGGUCCAGAAAGUCCGAGGCAAAGAGCAGACGAGCUCUGCGCCGCCAGCCCGACUCCCAAGACUCAGCAGACUCUAUCUCCACCAUCUCCUCCUCCUACCACCCCUCCUCCUCGCUCUCCUCCAACGCCUCCGGUUCUCCAUCCCCUCACUAUCGAUUCCGGUCCUCCUCCUCCGGGCCCCUGCUCACUUCCUGUGGCUUGGGGGCACCACUGGCAGAGGCAGAGGGGGGCCACAGAACCAGCAAGACGCGCCACAGGCUCAGACUGAGCCGCAGCUCACCACGCGAGCCCUCGGGAAGCCACCGGAGGGAUUCUGACUUCAGCUCUGGGCCACAGCAGCUGGUUCUUUACGGCAGCAAUGAGUUCAUGGUGUGAUGCUGAGGAAGGACGGAACGCCACACGCCACCUUUUUGAGUGCAGGAGGAUGUGUGAGAGGGGGAGGAGGGAGAGGCUUGAAUGAGGCUGGUCACUGGGCGACAGUUAUACACCCAGUGUGGCCUGCUGCCCCUCCUUGGCACACACACCCCUCCUCCUCCGGUCCAGUCAAAGCAGAAACAUGUGGCAAAAAAAAGAGGACUGAGGUUUGACACAGAGGGACGAAACAACAGAUGGUCAAAGAAAUGUGAACGGCAGAAAGGUGGAGGACAGAGACAUGAGCGAUCGUGUUUGUUGACCCUCUGAUCUGAGCACUGUUUGACCCCUGCUGGAGCCCUGGGGGUUGGUCAGAGGAGAGAGAGGAGACGAAGGAAGGGAGGGGUGGUGAGACGCAGAUAAAGAAGCCUACACCUGCAAAGCCAAAUCAUACAGUGCCCCGUCUUUAUUUUUUAGCAUGUGGGCAGGUGGUCAGAGCCACCCAGAAGAAAUGUAGCCAUACUGACUGAACUGGUGGACAUUUUGUCUGUAACCAGCGCCAAGCUAAGUCUGCUUUUCACGUUUACACAGAACACACCAGCCAUGAGGCUGCAUGCUUCUCCAUCACACCUUUUCCUACAUCAGUUUGAAGAGACUGUCGAAAUCUUUUACAGCUGUAUGUUGCAUAUUAUUAUUAUUAUUAUUAUUAUUAUUAUUAUUAUUAUUAUUAUUAUUAUUAUUAUUAUUAUGUUACAGAGGAUAAAAGUGUACAUAGAAAGUGCAGUGCUGCUCCUGGGUUGUUCAUCGUUGAAUAGUCUCUAUUUCCUGUUUUGCAAAGUGAAGUGUCUGGAAUUCAAGUUCCACUUUUGUUUCUGUGCUGGUUUUACUAGGUUUACCGCCGGUUUUUCUCUUUUCCCGUUUCACAGUGAACAGAAACCGUUAUGGGAUAUUUGCUUGAGAAAAAAUCGAAGGAAAAGUUGCUGAUCUACGCUUGGUGUCAGGUGUCACGCGACUUGACCUGAAGUUUCAAAUGUCAGUCAGCCAUAAGUGUUUGGUAUUUGCCUUUCCCUGCAACCUUUAAUUACUUUCUUCUUUUUAUUUCAGAAACAUCAGUGUUACUGCAACAGGACUUGAAUUUUUUAAUAUAUAUUAUUGCUGUAUUAUAGGUGUUGUUAUGGAUAACAAAGAUGUCAUGUUUUAGUUGUCAAUAUUAUUUAAUGUUUUGUUUUUGUUCAGAUGAAAGCCAUUUUUUUUCUCUCCUGCCUGUAUUUGCGUGUGUGUCUGAAUUCCUUCCAUUGUGUCAGCGGCCCUACACACGCCUGCACCAGUGUCUCCCUGUUAAUGUUCUUCAUAGAAGGGUGAAAAAAAGGCUCCACAGCAUCAAGAAACACUAAAACUAACUGACUUAAGAAAAGGCUUCAUUAGGCUGAGUUUCAUUGCACCUGUGGAGCAACUGUUGCACUCAUCUGCACGCUCAAACCGUCCAUGAUGUCCUCUGAGCCAUGCAAAGUACUCUCUUCUUCUUGUUCUUCUUCUUCUUCCUCGCUCUUCCAUCCUCUUCUCUCCCGGCUCUGGCUGUGAAAAGUAGCAUUUAAUCUGCGUGUUAUCCAGACAAAAACUCGUAGCAACUAACUCAGACCGCCUCCCUGUUUUUGCAUAUUCUUAACACUCUUUCUCUUCACACAGUAUCGAAACAGUCGGUGUAACGUCGAGUUUUGUGGGCCUCUACUCAGUAGCUUAAGAGCAAUGAUGUCUCCGUACUGAAGCUGCAAUAGCUCUCCUUGCUUUCUGCGUCUCUGAUCAGAUACUCCUGAGUGACCUUUGCCCAGAUCUCAGCACACAAUCAGUGUUAAUUUCCUUGAAGCUGGAAGUCUCAGCGAUGACUGUGCUGAUCUCAGUUUUAAUGCAGGUGUGGAGACUUGCAGCAUUGUUUUUGUUUUGUUUUUUUUACAACAUAAACUGUAGACCUGUUCAGGCAAAAAGUGAGCUGAAAGGACAAAGCUGAUCCCUGGUCGGAUAUCUUUAAGCGGAUAUUCGAAAGGGGAGCUGUUUGUGGUGUAUGUUAAAGCUAAAGCUGUCCAUAUGGCAUUCUGCAAGGAAAAAAAAAAAGAUAAAGUGAAUGUACCUGUCACUGGAAGGCAUGCUCUGCUUUCUCUGGUUGUUUUUGUUCCUCUUUUAUACACAGUGUAUGUACUAUUUAUGAUCAUGCUUUUGGGAUGUACAUUGGUUUAAAAGAAUCUGUUAUAAAAGGAUAUAUUAUCCUGUGUACGGUUCAUUAUCUACUAUUAAUCAUGACAACAUUUUAACAGGCCACACUCGGUCAGUCAUUUUUGUGCUACAAAGCGAAAAGAAAAAAAGAAAAGCAGUGUGUCUGUUUGUCUGCGCCACUCGGGACACAGUUAUGUAUAUAUAAGGUGCAAUUUGUGUUAUAUUUCUUUUUUUAAUGAUAUAAACAUGUCUAUGGUUGUAAGAAAAAAAAGUCUUUAUGGGGAAAAAUUCAUCUGCUUAUUAAAAAAGCAAAACUGCAGCCAAACACA